AUGUCGUUUAACAUCAUCAACCUACCAGAUUGGUUACGGUAUUGCACUUCAAAUCUUCUUCUUUCUGGAAUAACCCCUGGUCCCAAGGAGCAGAGUGGUGACCAAAUCCAAUGCUUUAUGUGGGUUUUUGUGAAUGAGCUCAUUCGCCUUUACAAGGAGGCACAUAAACUUGGUGGCUUUGGGUCGCAUAGCCAUACCAAUUUCUGUCAUCAUUGCUGGAUCUCUUUAUCUGAAAAACAAAGCAUGGCAGCCUUUCAGAGUGACACCUGUAAACCACGCUCACAUGAGGAGCAGUUCAAGUUAAUGAAGGAGUACUUAGCCCUUCAAAAUGAAACUCAGCGGAAGGCCUUUGUUAGUACAUAUGCGACUCGGUGGUGUGAGCUAGCACGACUCCCUUAUUUUGAUGUGUGUCACAUGAUUGUCAUUGACCCAAUGCAUAAUCUUUUACUUGGAUUGGUCAAGACACAUUUUUACAAUAUAUGA